AUGAUAAAUGCAACAACGACAGGUGCAGGACCCGAGAGCGCUGGUGCUGGAUCUUGGCGCUGGCGGCUGGCGCUGGUGCUGGUUCCUGGUGCUGGCGGCUGGCGCUGGUGCUGGUUCCUGGCGCUGGUGCUGGUUCCUGGCGCUGGUCUGGUUCCUAGCGCUGGUGCUGGUUCUAGUUCCUGGCGCUGGCGGCUGGCGCUGGUGCUGGUUCCUGGUGCUGGCGGCUGGUGCUGGUGCUGGUUCCUGGUGCUGGCGUCUGGCGCUGGUGCUGGUUCCUGGUGCUGGCGGCUAGUGCUGGUGCUGGUUCCUAGUGCUGGCGGCUGGCGCUGGUGCUGGUUCCUGGUGCUGGCGGCUGGCACUGGUGCUGGUGCUCGUUCUUGGUGCUGGCGGCUGGCGCUUGUGCUGGCUCCUUGUGCUGGCGGCUGGAGCUGGUGCUGGUUUCUGGUGCUGGCGGCUGGCGCCGCUGCUGGUUCCUGGUGCUGGCGGCUGGCGCUGGUGCUGGUUCCUGGUGCUGGCGCUGGUGCUGGUGCUGGUUCCUGGUGCUGGCGGCUGGUGCUGGUGCUGGUUUCUGGUGCUGGUGGCCGGGGCUGGUGCUAG